GUCGAGAAUGCUGGGAAUGUUGAGUGUAGCCUUGAAGCCAGUGAGGCUGUGAUGGGAGAAGAACAGACAUUGUAAAGGCGCUAUACUCAAGGCCCUCUGCAUUGGCCAGGGCCAGGAAUGCAGUAACCAGCUCCUGUAAGAGCAGGAGGGAGGGACAACAGCGCAGUAACAUAAGGCAUAUUUCUAUCCUGAGCUGCAUUUCACCACAAGAAGCUCUCUGCCAACAGACAUCUGAAGGGGACAGGAAGCCCAUUUAACAUGUACGGAAGUGCGAGAACAGUUGGGCAGUUGGAGGGCAGCCCCGCGAGAUCCCCUCGCCUGCCGAGGUCACCCAGAUUGGGGCACAGACGAGCCAACAGCGGUAGUGGGGGUGGAGGUGGAGGUGGUAAGACGCUGUCCAUGGAAAACAUCCAGUCUCUGAACGCCGCCUACGCCACCUCUGGGCCCAUGUACCUGAGUGACCACGAAGGGGUGGCCUCCACCACCUACCCGAAAGGAACCAUGACACUGGGGCGGGCCACCAGCCGUGCCACAUAUGGUGGGCGGGUCACUGCCAUGGGGAGCAGCCCCAACAUUGCCUCGGUGGGGCUGCCCCACACCGAGAUCCUGUCCUACGGAGACAUCUCCAUGCACCACCACCCCCACCACCAGGUGCCCGCCGCCCUGCGCCAAGUGCGCGACAACGCCAUGCUGGACCUACAGUCCCAGCUCAAGGACCUGCAGAGGGAGAACGAGCUGCUGCGCAGGGAGCUGGAUGUCAAGGACAGCAAGCUGGGCUCCUCCAUGAACAGCAUCAAGACCUUCUGGAGCCCGGAGCUGAAGAAGGAGAGGGUGAUGCGCAAGGAGGAGGCAUCCCGCAUGUCUGUCCUCAAGGAGCAGAUGAGAGUGACUCAUGAAGAGAACCAGCACCUCCAGAUGACCAUCCAGGCGCUGCAGGAUGAACUGCGCACCCAGAGGGACCUCAAUCACCUCCUCCAGCAGGAGAGCGGUAACCGUGGCGCGGAGCACUUCACCAUCGAGCUCACCGAGGAGAACUUCCGCCGGCUGCAGGCUGAGCACGACCGGCAGGCCAAGGAGCUCUUCCUCCUGAGGAAGACCCUGGAGGAGAUGGAGCUGCGCAUCGAGACACAGAAGCAGACGCUCAACGCCCGCGACGAGUCCAUCAAGAAGCUGCUGGAGAUGCUGCAGAGCAAGGGCCUGCCCUCCAAGGCCAUGGAGGACGAGAGCGAGCGGGCGCGCAGGAUUGCCGAGGCCGAGUCGCAGGUCAGCCACCUGGAGGUCAUCCUGGACCAGAAGGAGAAGGAGAACCUCCACCUGCGAGAGGAGCUGCACCGGAGGAACCAGCUGCAGCAGGACCCGUCCAAGACCAAGGCCCUUCAGACUGUCAUAGAGAUGAAGGAUACCAAAAUCGCAUCUCUAGAAAGGAAUAUAAGGGAUCUUGAGGAUGAGAUUCAGAUGCUGAAGACAAAUGGAUUGCUAAAUACUGAGGACAGGGAGGAGGAGAUGAAACAAAUGGAGGUCUACAAAAGCCAUUCCAAGUUCAUGAAAAAUAAGAUCGAUCAGCUGAAGCAAGAGCUGUCGAAAAAGGAGUCGGAACUCCUUGCCUUACAAACGAAGCUUGAGACACUGAACAAUCAAAACUCAGACUGCAAGCAACACAUCGAGGUGCUGAAAGAGUCUCUUACUGCCAAAGAACAGCGAGCGGCCAUCCUGCAGACGGAGGUCGACGCUCUGAGAUUGCGGUUAGAAGAAAAAGAAUCGUUUCUCAACAAGAAGACCAAACAACUCCAGGACCUUACAGAGGAGAAAGGGACGCUGGCUGGGGAGAUUAGGGACAUGAAAGACAUGCUGGAAGUCAAGGAGAGGAAGAUUAACGUCCUUCAGAAAAAGAUUGAAAACCUCCAGGAGCAGCUCCGAGACAAAGACAAACAGCUGACCAACCUGAAGGACAGAGUCAAGUCACUGCAGACGGACUCCAGCAACACAGACACUGCCUUAGCAACCCUGGAGGAGGCGCUGUCUGAAAAGGAAAGAAUUAUCGAACGGCUGAAGGAGCAGCGGGAGCGGGAGGACCGGGAGAGGCUGGAGGAGGCUGAGUCCUAUAAAAAGGAAAACAAGGACCUGAAGGAGAAGGUUAACGCUCUGCAGGCCGAGCUGACGGAGAAGGAGUCUAGUUUAAUUGACUUGAAAGAACAUGCAUCGUCUUUAGCUUCGUCGGGCCUGAAAAAGGACUCCAAACUCAAAUCCCUGGAGAUUGCCAUAGAGCAAAAGAAGGAGGAGUGUAGUAAGUUGGAAACACAAUUGCAAAAGCAAGCAGAGCACUUGUUCAAUCAGACGAGCAAUCCAGCCCACGAGGCAGAGGAAGCUGCUAGGAUGAACCCGGAGUUUGUGGACAAGGUGAAGCUCCUGGAGAAAGAAGUGGCCUACUACAAAGAGGAGUCUGGGAAGUCCAGAGCGGAGGUGGACCGGCUGCUGGAGAUCCUCAGGGAAGUGGAGACGGAGAAGAAUGACAAGGACAAGAAGAUAGCGGAGCUGGAAAGACCAGGCCUGGCUUCCAGACAAGCAAAGGACCCAAACAAGAAGGUGGCCAACCUCAAGCACAACCAGCCAGCAGAAAAGAAGACGGGCCUGACAGACAGUGGGCAACACCUGCAGCUGGAGGAGCUGAUGAAUGCCUUGGAGAAGACCAGGCAAGAGCUGGAUGCCACAAAACAACGGCUCUCCUCCACCCAGCAGUCCCUGGCAGAGCGAGAUGGCCACCUUACUAACCUGAGGCAGGAGCGCCGCAAACAGCUGGAGGAGAUCCUGGAGAUGAAGCAACAAGCCCUCCUGGCUGCCAUCAGCGAAAAAGAUGCCAACAUCGCCUUACUGGAGCUGUCUGCAUCCAAGAAGAAGAAGACCCAAGAGGAGGUGAUGGCGCUGAAGAGGGAGAAGGACAGGUUGAUGCACCAGCUCAAACAGCAGACUCAAAGCCGUAUGAAGCUGAUUGCAGACAAUUAUGACGACGACCAUCAUCCUCCCCAUCACCUUCAUCAUCCUCACCACCACCGUGGCCCUGCCCGUGGGCCCCCCCAUGCCAACCAUCGUCCUUCUCCUGAUCAGGAUGACGAGGAGGGCAUUUGGGCAUAACCGUUUCUGUGAACCAAAGCUCCAGUUUUGUUCUGAGGGAUGAUCCAGUCACUGUUGGAGAAACACAGCCAUGGCACCAAGCCGAAACUGCACAUUGAUCGCUUGACCAGAUUUUCGCAUACAUCGGGAUCCAAACGUCCAGGGAGGGUCUUCAUCUUUACUGCAUGCUGAGGGAGAGGAGGAUGAGUGCAAGUGGGAGGACCGAGUGACGAGGCGGACAGAUGAACAGGUGAUGGAGGGGUAGGGAAGCUUUGGGAAGCAGGGGCAGUGCCCUACAGCUCUGCAUAGACUCCCUUCAACAGCUCACUCGCAGGCGACCACCCCAAGUCUUUGGAGCAGGUCGUACGAAGUCUGGAGGAAGAGCCCCAUCCCACAUGAUCAGGAACGCCACCUGCCCUUGUCCUAUGUGUGAGCCCACGACUCAGUGCAGCAAAACAGCCACGUUUCCCUCACUAGUGUAGUUCUGGGGUAGCCCAUUUUAUCCCCACCCCUCCCUGGGUGACAAUGAGAUACUUGCCCUCCCAUAGAUGUUUCUAAAAAGUGCCAUACACACCGUUUCUGAUUGGUUUGUAUUUGCUUUUGUGCUAUUACAUAUAGCCAGCGUACCAGUGGAGGGUUUGUUUUUACCCUUGUGCUUGGCUUGUGUUCUGCAUUGUAGUGGCCGACACACCUGGGACAGGGGCAGGCUGUGUGUUUCAACAAGCAGGCAGGCUUCUAGACCUCCAGCUUUGUUGAAAGGCAUCUCAGAGAUCUUGGUUUUCUCUGUAAUGUCGCAUGCCUUAGUGGAAACGGGCAGGAGCCUCACUCUGUCCCUCACUUUGCCUCAUGUUACCUCACCCACGCCAUCCAGUUAUCCAGAAUCAGAAGCAGUUUCUAACCCAGUCUAUGCACACUUUGUAGUUAUUGCCAGCUCUUUUUUCUUAAUCUUCAGAUUUUUUUUAUUUGCAUACCUUACCUGUCCAAACACUCACAUCUCUGUUCCGAUCAAACACCCUGAUUUUAACGUUGUAGGUGCAAUUUAUUUCUUAAGAGCACGCACUGAUCAGGUGUUCCCCUCGGCCUCUUGGACCCCUCAAGAUUUCUUCAGCUGAUUCAGGGUUCCGUUAUCAUGGUGCUGCUUAGAAUAUGGAAGGCUUUUGGGAGCAGGCUCAUUAAAAAGAAGCCAUAGUUUAACAGCAUCAUCACAAAGAAGAUAAGCAUGUAAGCAUAUUCACAGCGCAUUUGUAUUAAAAUUUAGCUGAAGAUAAAUGUGAUGUUUAUUUAGCUGUGAUGUUUUAAGCACAGAAUGGCCUGCUCUUGUUUCUAUGAGGCAUUAUCUUACAGUGCUUAUGCUCUCAGUCAAACAAAGGAAAUUACAAUAAGGAGAGCUAGGACUACCCAUUUGGAUCCCUGAGCUAGCCUCUUUCCAUUGUCCUGUUGGCUUUCCACAGCAGAUUUUGUCCGUUUUUGACUCUGGUCAAGAUGGAAACAAUGUUCACCAGUUUCUGAAUGCCAAACCAAUCAAAACUGAGCAUCUCGGUUUAAGUGACUCCUAUUGUCCCUCUGAACAAGGUGGCAUGUGCCUCUGAAACUCUGUAUAUGUCUAUAUCUGGUCAGAUAUACAUAUGUAUGAACAUAAAGAUAAAAGUGUCUUUGUUUUGUUUGUGUUUUUGGUUUUUCAAACUUGCCCAGGAAAAAAAAGAAAAAAAAACACAAGUGUUGAAAAAUGCAUCUACUGUCUGAAUAGAAUUUACCCUCUGAAAGUAAGCAAAUGAAAUAAUAAAUGAGUGAAUGAAAUGGCUGAUAUAACUUAUUGACAUAUCUUUGCACACGCCAGUGCAAACGAAUGGUCUUUAAAGGGUGUGACUAAGAUUAUUUUUGGAGAAAAAAAUGAAAGAUCUAAUGUACAUUCUUUAAGCAUUAAGCAUUUGGUGAACUGAAAGAUCGUUUGCAUUGUGAGGAUUUCGCUCUAUCUUUGAAAGCUUGCUGCGUCUUGUCAUUUUGUUGAUUUGAACCUCCAGAGCAUGCGUUGGGCUCCAGUUUGAGCCAUUGUGUUUACAGGGCAGGCUGUGGUGGGCAGAGAUGUUUGCGGCAUUCGUGCCUGAGCCCAGCCCUUUCGCUGAGAGAAUCCAGUCAAAACUGCUUUGCUUCCUCUUCCUGUGUGCUAAGGAUCACUUUGCCACGGCACCAUGGGAGAUUUGCAUUUUCAUUACACUGAGGUGAGACCACAGAUUAAAACUUCAAUAAAGAAAAAAACAUGUAUCUAGGUCGUGUUGAGAUUAUUUAGCACAGCAGACAACAAUUGCACUUGUGAAUAAGGACGACUAUUAACAUCUAUGAAGUGGACAUUCAGAAGGAUCCAUACCUUAUGCAUUGCCUACUUUUUAAUCUGGUCAUUGUUGUCAUCCUCAUCAUUGUUAAAAAUCUAAAUGCAGUGAUGAAGUCAUGGCUGACUGUGGGGACUGAUUGUAUAACAGAAAAUGUAUCUUCUCAAGGCACGGAUUGUUAUUACACAUUGAAUGUGGUUAGGAUUUCUGUUAUAGCUGUGGUUCAUGUACAGAUUAAUGAAUGUCUGUUUUAGGUCUAAAUUAAUGUGUGUCCUCUCUUCCCUGAAAGAUAUUUAUAUGUAAUGUACUCACUGGGACGUCCUGAAAUUUUCAAAAGGUAUACAUUACAUGGUUUGAAUCAAGGUGUUUUGUAUUUUAAAGAUUGAGAGUGUUAAUGAUUUUAAGUGAAUGCUAAAAAUCAUGAGAGAACGUUAGUACGUCAACCUUAAAAAAUAGGCAAUGCUGGCAAUGGAGCCUAAAAACAUUCACUUCACUUUCAUGUUUCAGGGGAUAAUAUUUAGAGUCCUCUAUUAUCAGGUCCUUAACGUUACUACUGAAUACUUGAAGUAGGGUUCUCCUACCUAUGAAAAGCUAAUACAUAGUAGAAAACGUAAAAAUACAAAGCAAUGUGCAGAUGCAAGUUCCUUUCAUGUAACGUGCCAAUUUUGAACAUUGUUUAUAAGGGGUAGAAAUCAUUUUUCUUUGGAGCAUGAGAGCUGAGUCGAUGGAUUAAAACUAUUACUGGGAUUCACAAAAACAGACUUCCAGAAAGGGGGAAGGUAUAUGAAUUUCAGAAACAUUCUUUUUGGUAUUCCAAAAUGCAAAACUCCAGGUUAAAUGAACACUGUGACACAUGGAAACAUUUGAGUUAAACAACUACUGAAGAUUCAGUUCUUACAUUUGUCUUAUUUUAUAAUCCUUUUUCUUUUUUUUUUAAAUUCA